UUCCCCAUCAGGGGUCUGGAGCUUGUAACGUUUUUUUCCAAUAGAAAAAAAAAUGUAAAAAGACGUUUCUUUUUGGGGCUAAAUCGAUAAUAAUGCAUUAAUGCGGAAAGGUUCUCGUUUUCUAAUCAUCUCCUCCUCCUUGUUAUUCUCCUUCAGUCUAAGAACUAUCACCUCCAUUCAAUUACAGUCCGAGACCUACCUUCCUCAAAUACACUCAUUUAUCCUUUUCUCCCGAAGCUGUAAAUCUCGGUAUCAAAGAGUGCUUGGUGAAAUGGGUAGGAGAAUAUUGAAUCAAGCAAUGAGUAAAAUUGUUAACGCGGAGAGGAGAAGUAGAGCUACGGCAACUUUGCAACCUAUAUCUGGUUUGAUGUCAUCAUUUCUCAAUGUCAUGAAACAUCGAGGAUAUAUCAAAGAUUUUGAAGUACAAGAUCCUCAUAGAGUGGGUUCAAUUACUGUCGAACUGCAAGGCAGAAUAAAAGAAUGCAAGGUUCUCAUGCAUAGGCAGGACAUCAAGGCGAAGGAUAUUGAAGAGUACAAAACACGUAAUCUUCCCACAAGACAGUGGGGGUAUGUUGUGAUUUCUACUCCAAAUGGCGUUUUGGAUCAUGAACAAGCCAUUGAACAAAAAGUAGGUGGUCAGGUUAUUGGUUAUUUUCAUUAACUACCACCCCUUUAAUCCUCUUUCUUGCUUCUUUAGAACUGAGAUGAAAAGAUCUAGGAAAUGUUUUUGCACCGCCUAUCCUCACAGGUUAUUACGGAACUCAUGUAACUCUUCUUUCCUUCUCACUCUUUCAUACAAUAGUUUCCGGAGAGUAGUGUGUAACUGCAUUAAAUAGAGGUUCAUAUAACUUGGGGAUAAAGUGGUGGAAUCUAAUUAGAUUUUGAUCUCUGUAAAAAAAAAAAACUUAAGAUUUUGCCAUAUUCAAAGAGUGGUACUUUCUUGCUAUCUGAAGUCUAUUUUUCUGUGGAAUCUGUGGAUGCUCGUCCAACAAAUAGAGCGUGGAUUUUUACCU